AUGACUAACUCUACGAAACAAACACUUUUCAACUUUGCCAGCUGGAACACUUGGGCGACUACUAUUUCUCAAAACAAAGAUGUAAAAGUCUUGCUUGGGAUACCCGGUGGCAGUACCGCGGCUGGCACGGGAUUCGAAUCGGCGUCCACUGUCGCUUUGAUUGUCGAUUAUAUUGUCAGCAAGGGAUACAAAAGCUUUGGUGGCGUUAUGUUCUGGGAUGCCAGCGAAGUUUACGCAAAUUGUGGAAUCUUGACCAGCAUUGCAUCUUAUUUACCAUCUCCCUCUACCUCCAUUCAGCAGAGCACUAGUACCAAUGCCAACAAGAUUAGCAUCACGACAAAGCCUAGCAGCCUAUCCCCAGGGGCACAAAUAAAUGUAUCGAGCAACUCAAAGUCGAAGAGCACGGGUACUUUCAGCCCGGCGAGGAAGGCCUCGAGAUCGACAUCGACAAGCCUGAGUUCUACCACGCUGAUCAAGAGAAGCACAAAAGCGAUAUACGCUACGAUAAGUGCCGCCACUACCGCUUCAAUACUAUCCACUUGCCCAGUCGUAGGAGAGACGUGUGCUACUUCCGGUACCUACAGGUGUAAUGGGAGCAGCUUUGGCAUCUGCGCCAACGGAGUAUGGAUCAUCGAGACAUGCGAAUCGGGUCUGAUCUGCGUGCAGGAUGGGCCUUCUGUAUACUGUGAUUAUAAGAACGAUCAUCCCGACACCACGUGCACGUAA